GGCCAGCGCGUAUACGUGACACGGAUAGCUGUGAUCUUGACUGGAGCUGAUCGCGCAAAAGUACGAACUGAGGAGGUGGAAAUCACUAUUUUUGAAUGAUCUGAUUAACAUUUAUCAAAAUGUUGCAAGGUUACGAUCCAGUCACUCAGGCCCUAUUAGGUACUUUGUUUACCUGGGGAUUGACGGCUGCAGGAGCCGCCCUUGUGUUCGUGUUUACAAGUGGAAAGAGGAAAAUUCUUGAUGGCAGCUUAGGAUUUGCUGCAGGGGUGAUGAUAGCUGCCUCCUACUGGUCGCUCCUUGCUCCGGCUAUUGAGAUAGCAGAGACCAACGGAUACAACAAGUGGUCUUUUGUACCGGCAGCCAUCGGGUUUAUAUUGGGGGCCCUCUUUGUUUACGCUGCAGAUGUCUUUCUUCCCAUGCUUGGGAUUUCGUCACCAAACGUUGCCUUGGCUUUACAAUCUGAGAACAAACUACAUGCAGAGUAUGAAGAUGACCUUACUGUUACUACAGUAGCACAGAACGCAGAUGAAGAAACACCAGGUCUAGCCUGCACUCCUGGUCCAUGGACCCACUACAGGGUCAAAGAUACGUCCACCGUGACCCAACGGCGGAAACCAGGGAUCAACUCGUCGGUGACCGUCCAGUUCUCCAACGGUGAUACCGGUCUACCUGCAUCACCUCGGGAUAGAGCGGCAGAGAGAGGCUUGGUUACAUGGAAGAGAAUUCUACUACUCAUCAUAGCCAUAACCAUACAUAACAUUCCAGAGGGCUUAGCUGUUGGUGUAGGAUUUGGAGCGAUAGGAAAAACACCCUCAGCCACAUUUGAGAAUGCAAGAAAUUUAGCCAUUGGCAUCGGCAUUCAGAAUUUCCCAGAAGGCCUUGCUGUGAGUCUUCCUCUUCGAGGUUCAGGGUUCUCUAUAUGGAGAAGUUUCUGGUACGGUCAGCUGAGUGGUAUGGUAGAGCCUAUAGCAGGUGUCAUAGGGGCACUAGCUGUCACCGUAGCUGAACCUAUCUUACCCUAUGCCUUGGCCUUUGCAGCAGGUGCCAUGAUCUAUGUGGUAGUGGAUGAUAUCAUUCCAGAAGCACAUACAAGCGGAAAUGGCCGCCUUGCUUCUUGUGGAGCUAUCGUGGGCUUUGUGGUCAUGAUGUCAUUAGAUGUAGGACUGGGUUAACACACACAUCUCUCGAUACUUUCACUUACUUAUUUAUUCUUCCAAGAGAUGGUAUAUUCUGCCGUUUAAAUCAGAUCAGGUCUAAUUUAAAAUAUGAUUAUGAAAUAAAAUAAUCGAGCAAUUAAAUUUUGUAUGAAUACAAAAUGAUGAUUAUACAAUGUAUGUAUACAAUUUACACCCACAAAAUAUUCUGCUUCUCUUUUUUAUACAGUUUUUUUUUAGAUCUUUAGUUAUGAAGGAAAUAAAACACAAAGGAAAACUUAAUAAAGUGCGACAAGUGGUAUA